AUGAGUCUGAUAAGAUGCCUUAUCUUCCUUUGUCUCUUACAGCUGAUCCCCCUUUUCAUCUUCAUCGGUGGAGGAGCAGCCAUGUCUCUGUUGUACCUCGCCCGUCUGGGCUUGAGAAACCCUGAUGUCUGCUGGGAUCGCAAGAAUAAUCCAGAGCCCUGGAACAAACUUGGCCCAAAUGAUCAGUACAAGUUUUUCACAGUCAACAUGGACUACAGCAAGCUGAAGAAGGACCGUCCUGAUUUCUAAACCACAGCUGGACCACAAGCACAAAGAUUGGCAGAUCUGCACAAACUGGCUCAUUGUGAACGUUCUUCUGGAAAGCUUAAUGAUGCAGAAGCUUAACCCGCACAGAUGUUACAUAUAUAAGUUUCCUGAUUGCAUCCAUUUGGCUUUUGGAUAUUGAUUUAUUCACCGUCAAUAAAGUACAGGAGUCUUUUCUCCUCUAUACUGAGAAAAUAA